AUGCCUACUCCCACAACAUCACCAAUAGCUGAGCCAGCGCCUUCCCCGCUACCACAGUACGGCUUUGGGCCGGAUGUGCACUUCAAGACGCUGAUCAAGAACAACCGCUUCCUCUACCGAGUAUAUACGCCAAAGGAGCGCUCACCGUUUGCCGACGACUCAGAUCCGUUCCUGGUAGCGCCCAAGUUUGAUGAGCUCUAUGCUCGAACGCCAGUCGAAGUUACCUCGCAAUCGAUCGUCGAUCCAGCGGAAGCUUCGUAUGCCGAUGUCGCCAGGCAUAUGGAUUGGACGACCAAGUCGACCUCGGUUUACCUUUCAGCAUCGUUCAGUUUUGCAUGGUCGAUAUGGGAGGCUUUGAGGCGGUACCACCAGGGGAUGAAGAAGGAUGUGGAGAUUGCAGUCAUUGAUGCUUCUGCCCUUAUCGGCAGGGCUGCGACUGCUGUCGAGAUGCUGCAAAAGGGAACACCUGAAGAGUAG